CCCAUCUCAAAUUGCAGGUAUGUGAAAGCACUCUUUGGAAAAGCUCUUUUCUCUCUCCAUGAUUUUGGAAAGAACCCGGGUGAUGAAGACAGAUAUAGAUAGACAACAGCUGUAGGGAAAAAAAAAAAACAACAGCCUUUUUCCCUCUUUCUUUUUUUUAUUUUUCCUUUUUUUUUAAUCAAUCAUUGCUGUACAGGGGAAAAAGCUCACACACACAUAUAUACACACAGACACGCAGAGUCCCCACUAGACAGAGAACAAGAAUUAAAUCCCAUGAAACACAAAAGACCUCUGUGCGACCUGGACCAGCACUUAAAUGUGCUACAAGUGCAUAGUUUUAUGUUUUACACAGCAAAUAUAUAAGUGCUUGAGCAGCAUCAGGUACAUAACUCAGCUUUGAAGCUUUGCAGUCAUGCUACCCCAGUGUUUUUAGAGUAAACUUGUGUCCUUGCACACCAGCCAUAUGUGUGUCAGGAAUAUUGUGACUCAGUUUAGUUUGGUGCAACUUGCAAUGAACACAUGUUUAGGGAACUAUUGCAGGAGGAAGAGAGCCUUAUAUUCCAGGCUAAGGCUGGGAUUAUGUGUCAUCUGACUUGACAGCUCUGGGGCAUUAACUGGCUUCACAUAUCAGGUUAAGUUAAUAUCCACCACUUGGUUCUGCUUGAGCAGAUCUGUGUGCCCAAACUAGGGAUCAGCUGACAAACCUAGAGUCUCAGGGGAAAAGGAUUAGUUGCUCUGUAAUCAGCAGGAUGGCACUUGCACCACGAGAUAUUCAGACCUAAUGCCUGGAUCUGCUGUGAAUCAGAAGCUACAUCUGGAAAACAGCGGUAUAAGUCCAACUCUCCAGGGAUGUCCAUGGCAAUGAAAGCAGGCUUGGAUGACAAAAUGACAGAUACUGGCAACUGGGAUGAGAUAUUACCAGAAUGGGAGAAAAACCUGAAGGAUAUAAAAAUGCUUGCUUUUUUUAACGAGAUGCUCCAAGAGACUGGGAAGACUUUCCCUCACUCCAAACAAGUCGGGAACUACCUAGUAGGCAAAAUGAUCAACAAGGGCUCCUUUGCCAAGGUGAUGGAGGGACUGCACAUCCCCACAGGGGAGAAGGUAGCUAUUAAAGUCAUUGACAAGAGGAAAGCCAAGCAGGAUUACUAUGUUUUAAAAAACAUGAAGCGUGAGCCACGGAUACACCAGAUGAUUAAGCACCCCAACAUUGUUCAGCUAUAUGAGACCUUGGAGACCGACAACUCCUAUUACAUGGUGUUGGAGCUCUGCCUCGGUGGGGACCUCCUGGACAGAAUUUGUGACAAAAAGAGGCUGAUGGAACAGGAAGUAAGGAGAUACACCAGGCAAAUUCUGUCUGCAGUAGAGCACCUGCAUUGCCAAGGGAUUGUUCACAGGGACCUAAAAAUUGAAAAUUUUCUUCUUGAUGAGAACAACAACAUCAAAAUCAUUGAUUUUGGACUGAGCAAUACUGCAAGGUUCGAGGGUCUCUCCCAGGAGCUGUUACGUACCCAGUGUGGAAGUCCAGCUUAUGCUGCCCCAGAACUCCUUGCUCAUAAGAAAUAUGGUCCAAAGGUAGAUGUCUGGUCCAUAGGUGUGAGCAUGUUUGCUAUGCUAACUGGCACAUUACCCUUCACGGUGGAACCUUUCAAUAUCAAGCAACUACAUCAAAAGAUGUUAAUUGGAGAAAUCAGCCCUAUUCCAUCAGAUAUAUCCCCUGGAGCUGUACACUUCAUGCAGUCUCUACUUGAGCCCAACCCUGCUAAGAGGCCUGGAGUCAAAGAAGCAAUGAAAGACAAAUGGUUGAACGAAGGCUUCACCAGCAAAAUAAUGAACACUGCUGCCUACGAGAACAGAUUUUGCCCCAGUGGAUUGAAUCCUGUCGUUUUAAACUACAUGACAAACGUUAUGGAGUUCAGUCUUUCAGAAGUUAUCAACAGUUUAAUAAAUAACAGACCCUCUCCUGCCAUGUCUUCUUAUUGCUUAUUGCUGAAGAAACUGCUCAGGUACCAGAAAGACUGCAAAAGAGUUCAGAGGGAACAUGAAGCAGAAAAACACAGUAUUAAUCCUGAUAAACAGCUGAAUAAGGAGUCAGAAACCAAGAUUUCCCCGAAGGCUGAAAUGGACACUCUAGGAAAUCUCAGAAAUUAUGACAACAGGGCAUUUCCUAGUGUAUUAACCCUGGCAGUGCCAAAUGCUGUUCAAGAAGAUGAGAUCACAAUUGCAUUGGAAAACCAAGAAAACUUGUCAAAAGUUUCCCAGUUUGCAGGUGGAGAGUUGGUUCGCUGUGGGCCUCCUAAGUCACCAAGAAAAAGUAAGCCUUGUGAGCCCAUUUAUCAGCCACUUUUGGACUCCCACAAGAAUCAGAAUGGCUUUGAAGACUUGACAGGGACCAGAAAACCAUAUCUUUAUAAGAAAUCCCCAUCCACACCACCAAAUAAGCAAUCUCCCUUUUCAAACGUCCAAGCAAUGCCAAGUGCAAGCAAAGUACCUGCACGGUCCUUGGUGGAAAACAGAAUUAUUAGCAGAAGUCCUUUUCCUCAUCAGGACAUGAGGUUUAAAGACCUUCUGAAGGCAGUGUAUGACAAUAUUCACAUCCCAACACAGAGGCAACUUGAUAAAGACCACGCUGACCUCCUCAUGAUUGACUCUCCCCAGCUGUCACCUUUCCCCAGGCUACAACAAGCUACCUUAAGUGAAACCCUUCCUAGAAAGAUUUCCUUGCUGGGGGCAGCGCAGGAACAUACAGAUAUCUGCCCUCUUGUUAUAGUCAACGGUUCAAAAACACCAGCUUCCCCCAUGGCCCAACAGCAAAAGUUUACCCUAAGAAGCAUGCGGCAGUUUAAAGAAAACCCAACUCAUUUUUUCAGUAGGAAAACUAAGAAAAACUUUGUUCCACUCAGGCACAUUCCUACAACUACGGAUGUAAAUCUUCCAGUUUUAUGCCCACCAUACCAAACCAGGUCAGGUAAAAAACCAGAGACUCUAAGAUUAAAUUUUGCAUAAAUAAAACACUCACAAAGCAUCAGAAGAAAAAAAUGGUGACAGAGAAGGUAAAAAACAAAGCUGGACAAGAAAAAGAGAGCAAGAAAAGGAAGGUGGCAGAGAUGAAUUCAAUAUUAAAAUGAGAAUCCUCCAAACACAGAAGAAUUAUAUUAUUUAAGCUGCAUAUCCUCUGAUAUCGACCAAACACCAUGCUACAAAUUUUGUGGAGCACACCAAAGAAUCAGAAAAACAGAUGCCACUGUAAGAGAACAACAUAAUGUAUAUUUAGGCACAAAAGUGGACACUGAGGGCAGAAGAUGGGAUUUAAAAUAUUUUGCACCAAUACAAAUAUUUUCCUAAACUUGUGUUACUUGUACUUAUGCAUUUCAUCAGGAAAAUAAACCCAGGCAGGCAAUUUUUAUUAAGCUGUGAACAUCAUGCAGAAG